CAGCGUGAGAAGACAGAGAGACACAGACACUCACUCAGUCCUACGUUCUCGCUCUUGAAACAGGAUGUAGCGACAGAGACUGAACUCAAAAAGACGAGAGACAGAGAAAGGAAACAGAGGGUUUAAAACUGUGAUGUUGACAAUUAACAAAAUGCGAGCUGCUGCGGAGGUGAAGGAGAACCGUAACGAGAAGGAGAAGAAGGAGAAGGCAGUGGAGAUGAGGCAGCAGCAGCAGCAGCAGCAGGAGGAGGAGGUCACCGCUGCCGCCAGGUCCUGACGGCUGCUCCCGCUGACCUGAGACAACCACACACACACACACACUCACUGAAAACCUAACACAGCAGAAAUAACCCACAUCUCGUCCGUGGACAUUGCAGAGCGAUAAUGGCGAGCCAGAGUGACUGCUGUGUGAAGGUUGCUUUGAGGAUUCGUCCUCAGAUGGCCAAGGAGAAGAUCGAGGGCUGUCAUGUUUGCACCAUGGUCACACCUGGAGAACCACAGGUUCUGCUGGGAAAGGACAAGGCCUUCACCUACGACUUUGUGUUUGACCUUGACUCAGAGCAGCACAACAUCUACCAGGCCUGUGUGUACAAGCUCAUUGAAGGCUGCUUCGAGGGAUACAAUGCCACCGUGUUCGCCUAUGGUCAGACGGGUUCAGGGAAGACAUACACCAUGGGAACAGGCUUCGAUGUGAGCCUGAGCCAGCUGGAGCAGGGUAUCAUUCCGCGGGCUGUUCACCAGCUGUUUGAGGGAAUCCAGAACCGGAGGCUGCAAGCUCAGGAGGAUGGCACCCAGGCGCCAGAGUUUAAAGUCAGCGCCCAGUUCCUAGAGUUGUACAACGAAGAGGUCCUGGACCUAUUUGAUGGAACCAGAGAUCCAGAAAGUCGGAGCAGGAAGUCCAACAUUAAGAUCCAUGAGGACGCCAACGGCAGCAUCUACACAACUGGAGUCACAUCCAGACUGGUCCAGUCAGAGGAAGAGCUGCUGCAGUGUCUGAAGCUCGGCGCUCUGUCCCGCACCACGGCCAGCACACAGAUGAACGCUCAGAGCUCCCGCUCGCACGCCAUCUUCACCAUCUACCUGUGUCAGAUGAGAGUCUGCCAGCAGCUGCUCAUGAAUGGAGGAGGGGAGAACGGGGAGGUGAACGGUGUGGAAUCCAACCCCAUCGCUCAGCCGGAGUACGAGACGCUGAUGGCCAAGUUUCAUUUUGUGGACCUGGCUGGAUCUGAGAGGCUGAAACGCACAGGAGCCACAGGAGAGAGAGCCAGGGAGGGGAUCUCUAUCAACUGUGGACUGCUGGCCCUGGGAAAUGUGAUCAGUGCUUUAGGAGAUCAGAGUAAGAAGAGCGGACAUGUUCCAUACAGAGACUCCAAACUCACGCGUCUACUGCAGGAUUCUUUAGGAGGCAACAGUCGCACGGUGAUGAUAGCCUGUGUCAGUCCUUCAGACCGGGACUUCAUGGAGACCCUGAACACGCUGAAGUACGCCAACCGUGCCCGAAACAUCAAGAACAAGGUGGUGGUGAACCAGGACAAGACCAGCCAGCAGAUCAACACCCUUCGCGCUGAGAUAGCCCGACUUCAGCUGGAGCUGAUGGAGUACAAGGCGGGGAAACGCGUCGCAUGUGAGGACGGUUCAGAGGGGCUCAGUGACCUCUAUCAGGAGAACACCAUGCUGCAGAGAGAAAGUGACACACUGCGUCUCAGGGUCAAGGCCAUGCAGGAGACCAUAGACCACCUCAACACGCGUGUGACACACCUGCUGGCCAACGAGGUCAGCAACCUGCUGACCAAGUCAAGUGAGGGCAAUGAGGAGAUUGGGGCUCUAAUCCAGAACUACAUCCGAGAGGUUGAAGAACUCAGAACCAAACUUCUCGAGAGCGAGGCCAUGAACGAGUCGUUGCGACGGCAGGCGGUCCGUCUUUCUUCCCGCCCUCAGUUCUCCUCCUCCACCCUCAGCCCUGCACCGGGACACCCGCCUGGCUCCUCUCCUGCCCCGGUGUCCAUGGAGGCCGAGAUGACUGACGUGUUACGCCGAGCCAAGCUGGACAUCGAGAGGCUGAAGAAGAAGGAAAGGAGGCAGAGGAGGAUGAGUCCGGAGUUGGAGAAAGGCCUGAAGAAGCGUGUGAAGCUGCACAUGCACGAGAAUGGAGAGAAUGGACAGAUCGGAGAAAAUGGACAAAACGUACAGAAUGGAGAGAUCGAUUCAGACGACAAUUACGCCGAGCGUUUGUAUGUGCAGGACAUCAUGUCUCCGCUGCAGGAGGAGAGUGGCUGUGAGGAGGACGAGGGGGAGGACGAGGAGGAGGGCAGGGAGGAGGAUGACGAGUUUGACAGCGACGAGAGCCUGGUGGAUUCUGACUCUGACUCUGAUGAGAAAGCUAACUUCCAGGCAGACCUCGCUGACCUGACCUGCGAGAUCGAGAUCAAACAGAAGCUGAUCGACGAGCUGGAGAACAGUCAGCGGAGGCUGCUGAUGCUGAAGCUGCAGUACGAGGAGAAGCUCAUCCUGCUGCAGAACAAGAUCAGAGACACUCAGCUGGAGAGAGACCGAGUGCUGCAGAACCUCAUGUCCAUGGAGAACUACACGGAGGAGAAGGCGAGCCGGAUCAAGCAGGAGUACGAGAAACGUCUCAAGGAGAUGAACCGCGACCUGCUGAAGCUCCAGACGGCACAGAAGGAGCACGCGCGUCUCCUCAAGAACCAGGGGAGGUACGAACGGGAGCUGAAGAAACUCCAGGGCGAGGUCAACGAGAUGAAGAAAGCCAAGGUGGCACUGAUGAAGCAGAUGAAGGAGGAGCAGCAGAGGAGGAGGAUGGUGGAGGCCAAGAGGAACCGUGAGAUUUCUCAACUCAAGAAGGAGCAUCGACGGCAAGAGUAUCAGAUUCGAGCGCUGGAGUCUCAGAAGCGGCAGCAGGAGCUGGUGCUGCGCAGGAAAACCCAGGAGGUGACGGCGCUGCGCCGCCUGGCCAAACCCAUGUCGGACCGCGUGGCUGGACGCGUGGCCCGAUGGAACAACUCUCCACCGGUCUCAGACUCCGGAGCCGAGUUUUCAGGCAGCACGACGGCGAGCAGCUCCGAACCGGACUCUGCGAGGACUGUGAGCGGGCUCGUGAGACAGUGGAACAACAAGAAUAUGUUUGGAAACAUGGGAGAAAGUGAGGGAAGCAUGGAGGGAACCAGAAUCAUUGGAAACAGGAAGAAGAUACCGAGGAAGCCAGCUGGCCUGGGCGGCAUCGGAACAGCAGCCAGAACCAUUAGCUUCUCCAAGUCGGCCCGACAGAAGUGGCAAACCCUCGAGCGUCGCAUUAUGGACAUAGUCAUGCAGAGGAUGACCAUCUCCAACGUAGAGUUAGACAUGAAUCGACUCAUCAAGAAGCGAGAGGAGCUGACGGGCCAGCAGGAGGCGCUCUCACAUAAACAGGAGGUACUUAUGGCGGACGGGGAGGGGCCAGAAGCAGAGGACCGCCUUCUUCAGGAAAUUAAUGAGGACAUUGAGGUGCUGAACGCCAAUAUAGACUACAUCAAUGACAGUCUGUCUGACUGCCAGGCCACCAUUGUUCAGAUAGAGGAGACCAAGGAUGAGCUGGACUCGGUCGACACCUCUGUCGUGAUCAGCUCCUGCUCUUUGGCUGAAGCGCGCAGCCUGCUCGACUAUUUCCUGAAGGCGUCGAUAGACAAGAGUUUACAGGUGGCGCAGAAAGAGGCUCAGAUCCGACUGCUGGAGGGACAGCUGAGGCAGACCGAUAUGAUCGGCUCGUCCCACAAUCACAUGAUCCUCGACGCCCUGCGAGAAAAAGCCGAGUACAUCCCUGAACUCCAGGCCCUCCUUCAUAAUGUGCAGCAGGAAAAUGGUUACGCCAGCACAGAUGAGGAGCCGUCUGAGUUCAGUCAAGCCUCUGACACCAGCGUCCCUCAAAUGAAAGAAUCCAACAGCCAAGAUGAUUUCAAGAUGAAGAUGGAGCCUCGCCUGUCGGCUCAGAUGAAGGCUGUGUCUGCAGAGUAUUUGGGUCCCGUCCUGGAUCCUUCAUCAGGCGGCAAGCAGCAGCACAUCACCAAAUCUUUGGCCUCGCUGACCGACAUCAAGGAGGAUGGUCUGAGUUUACUGACGGGGAGUCUGGCGCUCAGUUUGCCCCUGCCCUACCACAGGGACCGGGCGUCCCGCACCAUCAGUCUCCCUGUCAGGGGACACACUUUUCCCAGACAGUCUCGAGGUUAUGACACUUCCCCAAUAACAAGAAGGAAAUCUUACGACCGUGCAUACAGGCCUACUGAUGGCUACACUCCCCCCUCCUCCCCUCCUCUGAGGACAAGGAACGACCGCAAUGUCUUCUCAAGGCUUACCAGCAACCAAACCCAAGGUUCUGCUCUGGACAAGUCGGAUGACAGCGACUCCUCGCUCUCCGAGGUGCUCAGGGGUGUGAUCAAUCCCAUUGGUGGUGUGAAGGGAGGACGGACGGCGCCUCUGCAGUGUGUUUCUGUAGCCGAGGGCCACUCGAAGCCCAUCCUGUGUGUGGACGCUACAGAUGAGCUGCUGUUCACUGGAUCUAAAGAUCGCACAUGUAAGAUGUGGAACCUGGUAACAGGUCAGGAGAUUGCCACUCUCAAAGGCCACCCCAACAAUGUGGUGUCUGUCAAGUACUGUCCGUCCUCCGGUCUGGUCUUCUCUGUCUCCACGUCCUAUAUCAAAGUGUGGGACAUCCGUGACUCUGCCAAGUGCAUCCGCACGCUAACUUCAUCGGGGCAGGUGGUCUCAGGGGACGCAUGUGCUGGCACCACCACCCGCACAAUAACCUUUGCACAGGGCGAGUGCCAGAUCAACCAGAUUGCCCUCAGCCCAGCAGGAUCUGUGCUUUACGCUGCAGCUGGAAACACUGUUCGCAUGUGGGACCUCAACAGAAUGCAGGCAACUGGAAAGCUGACAGGCCACAUUGGUUCUGUCAUGUGUCUAACGGUGGGACAGUCUCUGCUGGGAAAAGACCAAGUCAUCACUGGCUCCAAAGACCAUUACGUAAAGGUUUUUGAUGUGGCAGAGGGAACUCUGGGUAACGUCGGCCCUGCCCAUAACUUUGAGCCUCCACAUUAUGAUGGCAUCGAGUGUCUGGCUGUCCAGGGAGAUGUUUUGUUCAGCGGGUCACGGGAUAAUGGCAUCAAGAAAUGGGACCUUGAGCAGCAGGAGCUCACGCAGCAAAUCCCUAAUGCCCAUAAGGACUGGGUGUGCGCUCUGGCAUAUGUUCCAGGUCGACCCAUGCUGCUGAGCGGCUGUCGAGGAGGCGUGCUGAAGGUUUGGAACGUGGACAACUUCACACCUAUAGGAGAGGUCAGGGGUCACGACAGCCCAAUUAACGCCAUAUGUACCAACUCAAGACAGAUCUUCACUGCAUCCAGUGACAAGACAGUGAAGAUCUGGCUGUCAAAGGUGUGGAGGAAGAGGUGACAACUGAGAGACAACAGAAAAUACUUUGUCAACCAUCCUGCUGCAGCUUCAGCCACCGAUCUGUGACCUGUUCAUUUCCUGCCAUGACAUGCAUCAGUGAAAUCCCAGUUUCCAAGGCAAUCAAGAUGUUUUUUUGAAUUUUAUUUUAAGGGCAAAAAACUAUUUGCUUUUCACAUAUUUUUUGUUACUGCUCAUUUUCAAAGUGCCAUUCAGAUGUGAUGCUACUCUGACAAGAUGAACCCCAUUUUCCUCACCGUGGCUUCUGACUUUAAGAUGCCACUGUCUGGUAUGAAUAGAAGAAGAAAAUGUGUCCUCCUGUUCCUUCACAAAGGUUUCUGAAUCCUUGUGGAACAGUGAGGGAUGAACGUCAUGAAACUAUUGUCUGAGAGACAAGACAAGGUCUGGAUGCUACAUAAGAUUUGGAACUUGUGGUUCCAAACACACUGGACAGCACAUCAUCAAAGUGGAUAGCCAAUAGAUAUUUGCUGAUUUUGUUUCCGACAGGACUGGAGACUUGCACAGAACACCAUUCUUUCAUUCAGUAUAUCACUGAAGCUGAACUGCAUUCAUCUGUAUGUUGUGUUUAAAUUUUUAUUAAUUUAUUUCUUUUUCCUACCUCAGUUGUUUUGGACUUUGGUGUGAGGUGGGAGGGUCUUUUUUUUACGGGUCUCUGCGCACAAACAUCCGGUGCUUGACAAUUUGAAACCUUUAUCUAUACUGUUUGACCAAAAAAAAAGUCAUAUACUCCUAGUAUUUAACAUAGUGUUGGCGGCACACAUCUGAGUCUGAAAAAUGAGGUCAGCUGACUACCGUAAUACACUGGUUUUCAGGCGUAUUCCAGGACGACAAUGCUGAAAUUGUCCAGACCUUAACCCCCCUGAGCAUUGUUGGGAUAUGCUGGAGAAGACUGAACACAGCAGUUCACCUCUCCAUCAUCAGCUAAUGCAGCUGUGGACGUAAAUAAAUAAGCUUAUCUAAGCGAUGCCAUUGCGAAUGCAUGUCAUAAUCAAAGCUAAAGUCAGUCUAACUAAAAGCCAUUUUCAGCCAUGUAAUGUAUGGAGCUGUUCAGAUCUGGUGUUUACAUCCGUCCUCAUGUGUGGACAGUACUAAAUAAGUAUGACUUUCACACCUGCAUGCGACUUCUGUGACCACAUGACAUUGAGUCUGGCUUUCCUUGCCCUUUGUUCAAAUACACACUGAUGUCAUGUCUGUUCACAAGGACAAAAUUAUGUUUUUA